AUGAAGACGCAUUUACUUGUGGUACCCAGUAAAAAGACUGAAGAGGUCAAUUGGACCAAACCACUCAACAACUACUUACUUUCGAUUUAUGGCAACACCUCAGCCUAUCAAACCGAUUUAAACUUAUUUGACAAGCUUCGACAAGAUAUUCGCGGGGUGAAUGCCGACAAUACUGGGUUAAAGCUUUACUACAGGUACUACAGCCAAUUGGAGAUUCUUGAUUUAAAAGUUCAAUUUGCACUUUUGAACAAAUCCAAGAAAUCGGAAUUUGUAUGGCACGAUGCGUUUGAUCCAGAGAUUACACAUCAACAAAAUGCAUUACCAUUCGAGAAAGCCAAUGUUUUGUUCAACAUUGGUUCUUUGUUGACCAGGUUUGCUCAGUCGCAGUAUAUUGAGUCGCAAAGCUCGAAAGAAGCAUCUUCAGUAAAAGAACUGAUAUUGAUGUUACAGCAAGCUGCGGGAGUAUAUGCUUUCAUAAAUGAGAAUUUCCUACAUGCACCAAGUGAUGAUUUAAGUCAAUCGACUAUCAAAUUUUUAAGCAAAUUGUCACUUGCACAAGCACAAGAAAUUUUCACCCUCAAUGUGAUACGUAAUGAUUUGGACCAGCUGAAGAAUUCAUUAAUUUCCAAAUUGUGCAAAUCCACGAGCAUAUUGUACGAGGAAUGUUUUGCGAUGAUUGGAAAGGAGAAGAAAGAGCAGUAUAAGAUAGUAGGCGAUUAUGAUUAUGAUUAUGAUGAUUAUGAUGAUGAUGAUGAUGAUGAUAAUAAUAUUAAAAAUAUUGGUGCGGGACUAGAUGGUUCCGAAGGGCCUGAAGAUAUCCCAAAGUAUGUCACUGCUCAGUUGGAACUGGUAUGGAUUGCCGUGAUUAGAUUCAAAGCACAGUAUUACAAAUCCUUAGCAUAUUAUUUCCAUGGCUUGCUCUUGGAGUCAACUAGGAAAUAUGGAGACUCUAUAGCAUAUUUGACCCAGUCCAAGGAGAUUCUUGAUGAGAUCAAACCGCAUCAUCUUAAGGCUUAUGACUUGGUAGACAAUCUCAAAUACCAGAAAGAUAAUGUUAGUAUCAAACUUGCAGAUCUAAAUAAGGAUAAUGAUUUGAUUUAUCAUGAUCCAAUAAGAAAGAAUGUUAAUAUUGAUCAAUUAUCGCCCAUGCAAGUUGCAAAAGUGGUUCCAAUAAAUCAAAUACCGUUGCUCAAAGAAGCAAAUGGUCUGGAUUUUGGAAAUUUUUUGAGCAAUGUUGUUCCAACCAAUAUCCACGAGUUGUCGAGUUUCUACUCUGAAGAAAAAUCGCAGUUAUUAAGAAACGAGAUAGACUAUUAUGAGGUUUCUAACGAAGAAGCAGCAUCAUUGUUGGAAGUUUUGAAUCUUCCAAAGGGUUUGUACCAGAUCAAAGAAGCGCUAUCGAAUGAGAAUGAAGGGUAUGGUGGAGGUCGUUAUGAGGGUGAUGAUGGUGAUGAUAACGAUGUUGACGAGAUUCCAGAAACGGUUUUGAAUCAAGUGCUGGAGAUAUCUAGAUCAUAUAAUGAGGAUCAAAGACUUGAGGCAGAAAAUAAUAGUUUGAGGAAACAAGUAUUUGAUAUUGUGUCAAAACUCAAUUCUUAUGAUAACCAGGACGAAGCAAUCAACUUGAAAAAAGCGUUGUACGAAGCAUCAAAAGCUGAUGAAAAACUCUCGUCUUUGGUUGAUAAAAACUUGUAUCAACGGCUUCAGUUUGGACCACGGUCGCAGCAAUUCCGGUCUUUGUUUAAAGUAAAUUCAGGCGAGCCUGAGGUGAGCUUGAUGGAUAUGGAUGAUUCGCAAGAUAAGCAAGUCAAAAUUGUUGAGCAGUUUUUGAAAGAUUUAAAUUUGAUCAAGCAAAAUAAAAAGGAGGUGAUUGAACGUUUGAGAAAAGAGGUACACUCAGACGACAUUUCUGACAUUUUGGUGUUUAAUUCGAGACUGAAGUCGGAUAGUGAGAUUAAGCUGGUGAUUUUUCCUGCUGAGUUGAAAAAAUUCAAACCAUUUACUGACAAGUUGGACAACUUGAUUAAUAAAGAGAAAUUGGUGCAAUCUGAUUUGAAGAAAGAGUGGGAUACGUUGGUGAUGGAUCCUCAAAUUAAAAGAUUACAAAAAUCAAGCAAAGCAAAAGUGUUGCUCAGACAAGAAGUGAUCAAAAAAAUUAAUAGUUUUUACCAAGGUUGGACUCAGUACCAUUCAGGAUUAAAGAAGGGUAAUACUUGGUACAAGAAUUUGCUUCACCAUUGUCAAGACUUGGAAAAUGAAUCACAAGCAGACUUUAUGAGUAAAUCAACGGCUCAGUUGAGCUUGAGGGAGGACAGGAGUGGAUCAAAUGCAAAGCAAUAUUCAGAUCCUUUUUUUUCCAAUUCUCAGCAACAACAACAACAACAACAGCCACCACCACUACUACCACAGCAGCAGCAGCAACAACAACAACCUAGUCUUCACCACAACCACUACAACAACAACAAUAACAACAACAACAACUCGUGUAAUUCAGCGCCAUACUCGGGUUAUAAUCACUUUGGUGAGCAGCCUCAAUUGACUGGUUCGUCGCAGCCACUCAACCCUUCUUCUGCUCGCCCUGCUCUUAGUAGUAUUGGCACUAGUGGUUCAUCCUCUAGUUAUAUACAAUCACAAUAUUCACGCCCUCCUCAGCUACCACCUCAGUUACCACCAAAGAGAUCUUCGAACGCACCUAAUUUUGAUUUACCUCGGCCACCAUUGAGCCAAUAUGGGUCGGAAACUCUGUUGCAUCAGACAAAACAAUACCCGCAUCAAUCCGAGCAGCUACAGUCUUUGCAAAAUCAAAGUCAUAACCAGAGUCAAAAAAGAGAGGCUAAAAGUGGGUUAAUCUAUGACCAACCCUCGACUUACGAUCCUAGCAUGUACGACUUUUUCUCAAAAUAA